AUGCAUGAAGGCAAUAUGAUCAAGUCAAAUAUCUGUCAAAUAUGUGGCGACAAAGCGAAUAUUUUCAAUUAUGGUGCACUUGCUUGUCAAUCAUGUAAGAUGUUUUUUCGUCGAAAUAGCGUUCAUCCUGAUCGUGUUCGUCCAUCCUGUCGUCUUACCAAAUGUUUCACAAUGGGUAUGGAUACAUAUUUAAUUCGUAAAGAAAUUCAGUCAAGGAAAACAAAUGUAUCGAGAAUACAGUCCAAAUCCAAUCAAGUGUCCAUAUGUGAUCAAGAAAGAUCUAUUGUGCGAUUGUUCGGAUCGGAUUCAUCAAGAAAUAAUCGAUCAUUACUCGACAAUGUGGAAUGGACUUUACUUUCGAAUAUUGUUCAUGCAUAUGAUACUUACACAGACGUAUCACCAAUCAAUUGUUAUGUAAAACAAUUAUUUAUUUCGUCUUCGUCAACGUCAGAUAUGGCUUUGAAAUUAGCCAAUGUCCGUGAAAUAACCACUUUCGUGUAUAAAUCCAUCCAAUCAUUCAUUAGUGCCUCACCUGACUUUAGAACAUUGACUGCUGGUGAACAAACUUCUCUUUUCGAGCGGAAUUUACCUUGUGUGGCUGCUUUCUACUUAACUGUACUCUUUCGUGUCACCGGUAUGACUCGUAGUUCUCAGUGUAUAGACGCAUUUGCUUUGGUUUAUGGAUCUGAUAUGAUGGAGCAAACUUUACGAAUUGAUCAACGACUUGACGCUGAUUUAACUAUUGUUAAACUUACGUUAAUGAUCCUUGCAUUCUCAUCCAAUUGUUUUCUCGUACAUAAGAUAGAAAACUUCCAGAAUAAUAGCUUCUUACAUGGCACUUACUGUUUAUUGGGAAGUCAAACUGCCUACGUCGAACUGUUAUGGAAAUAUAUGACAUACCGAUAUGGUUAUGAUGAUUCGAUACGUCGCUUUUCUCGAUUAAUCGAAGUAGUUCUUGAUCUGAUUAAAUAUUCGAGCCACAUCUAUGCAAAUAACAGCAAACAUCAAGAUCUAGUGGAAGGUGUUUUGGAACAAAUGAAACGAUCAAUACUAAUCGAACACAACAAACAAGAACCAUUAUGGGGUAAAACAUAA